AUGGCUGAACUUGCCUAUGAUAUCGCAGGAAAGAUCUUGGAGAAGUUAGGAUCCCUUGCUUACGAAGGGAUCAGCUUGGUAUUGAACAUCCAAAGCGAGCUGGAAGAGCUUAAAGGCACCACGUCAACCAUUAAAGAUGUGCUCUUGGAUGCUGAAGAGAAGCAAGCUAGCAAUCGCGCGCUGAGCAGAUGGCUAAAACAGCUCAAAGUCAUUUUUUAUGAGGCCGAGGAUGUGCUGGAUGAAGUUGAGUACGAAGUUCUAAAGAAGCAAGUGACGAGAACAUAUGGGCGCAGCAGUAGCGCCUUUGCAUUCCGUUCUCAACUGGGUCACAAAAUCAAGGACAUUAGAGAGAAGUUGGCUAAGAUUGCAGCUAAUAAGGAUCAAUUUAAUCUUAUACCUCGACUUGAAGAUAGGCAUGUCAUUCAUGGGAGGAGGAUGGACAUGACCCACUCAUUUGUUCCUCCUUCAGAAGUCAUUGGUAGGGAUGAUGAUAAAAAAAAUAUAAUACAUUUUUUGAUGGGCCCAGAUGCUGCUGACAAUGACAUAAAUGUCAAUGUCAAUGUAAUUCCUAUAGUUGGAAUAGGAGGAUUGGGGAAGACCACAAUUGCUAAGUUGGUAUACGAUGAUGAACGUGUAGCCAAUCAUUUUGAUUUGAGAACGUGGGUUUGUGUGUCUGAGCAUUUUGAUGUUAAUAGAUUGAUAAAAGAUAUCCUUAAAUCUGCAACUGGUGCAAAUAUUGAUAAGACGUUGGGUGUAGAUUUGUGGCAAACUAGAUUAAGAAAUUGUUUAAAGAAUAAGAAGUUUCUACUUAUUUUAGAUGAUGUUUGGAAUGAGGAUCGUAGUAAAUGGAUUGAGUUGAAAGGUUUGUUAAGUGGUGGUUCAAUGGAAAGUAGAAUUGUAGUGACAACACGCAGUCGCUCAGUUGCCUCUGUUGUGAAAACUGGUCCCAUAUACACUUUAAAAAGUUUAUCCCACGAUGAUUGUUUGUCUUUAUUUGUGAAAUGGGCAUUUAAGGAAGGGGAAGACAAACAAUAUCCAAACCUCUUAGAAAUUGGAAAAGAGGUUGUGAAAAAAUGUAUAGGAGUUCCAUUGGCAAUAAGGACUUUAGGCAACCUACUUUUCUCAAAGGUUGAUGAAUGGGAGUGGAAAUUUGUGAGAGAUAAUGGGAUAUGGAAAUUAGAACAAAAUGAGAGUGAUAUUUUACCUGCAUUAAAACUAAGUUAUGAUCAAAUGUCAUCUCACUUGAAGCAAUGUUUUGCCUUCUGUUCUCUUUUCCCAAAAGAUCAUUUGUUUGAUAGUGGUGAGUUGAUUGCAUUUUGGAUGGCGCAUAGACUCCUUAAUAAAACGCCUAAUAGUCAAAUUCUAGAGUUGGAAGAUGUUGGCGACAUGUAUAUCAAGGAGUUGUUGUCCAAAUCUUUCUUCCAAGAUGUUACAAAUGCCACUUGGUACUAUAGGUUUAAAAUGCACGAUCUCGUCCAUGAUCUUGCACUCAAGGUUGCAGAAGAAGAGUGUUUAACAGUCGACCUUCGUACCCAUACCAUUGCUGGAACAAUUCAUCAUUUGUCAUUUUCACACAAUGCUCAACAAGUUCCAAACUACUUUUACACCUUAAGUCAUGGUGUGCGGACCACUUUGUUCCAAGUCAAGCAACAAGUGCCGACCUUAGUUGAAGCUUGCAUCUCGAGAUUCAAGUACUUGCGGGUGCUUGACUUAUCUGAUUCAUCUUUUGAGGUUUUGUCAAGCUCUAUCGGUACUUUGAAGCAUUUGAGAUCUCUGAACCUAGCUGGUAAUACAAGAAUCAAGAAACUUCCCAAUUCCAUUUGUGAGCUAUACAAUUUGCAAACUUUACUACUUCGCGGAUGUGAGAGUCUUGAGCAAUUGCCCAAAAAUACAAGGAAGAUGAUCAGCCUUAGGUAUCUGACGGUAACAACAACUUGCACGUACCUUUUUGAAAAUGAUGUAUGCUUCUUGAGUUCUCUUCGGUUGUUGGGUAUAUUUGGAUGUCAUAGACUAAAAUUUUUGUUUCAAAGGAUUGGGAUCCUUGCCAACCUUCGGACGUUGGUUGUUUCAGAUUGUAACAACUUGAUCGCUUUGACAAAUGCACCGGCUGAGGUGCCCGCCUUAGAGACCCUUGAAAUUUUUGGCUGUAAGGAGCUAAUUAGUUUGACGGAAGGAGUACUUCUCAACAGGAGCCUUAAAAAAUUAAAGAUUACGAAUGUACCAAAGUUGGAGGUUUUGCCGGGAUGGCUCAAAAGUUCUUCUAACACUUUGCAAUACCUGCAUAUUUCAAUGUGUCAAAACCUCACGAACUUGCCAAAGUGGCUACCGAGUCUAAAAUCACUUCAAACACCUGAGAUUUUCGAUUGCUACAAGUUAACAUCUCUUCCGUUGGGGAUGGAUCGUCUCACUGCACUACAAGAAUUGAAGAUUCUCUAUUGUAAUGAAUCGAUCGGUUCAGAAAUGCAAAGAGGAAGAUGGGUCCAAAAAUCGUCAUAUAUCAAUGGCCUCGAUACCUCGAGUUCAAUCUACGUUAUGUCAUAAAUGGUGCAUUUAUACAUAUAAGCACAUCCUCAUUCCUAAGCGAUGUGGGACGUCACAGUUUCCAUAGGCAAAAUUGCUCAUAUACCAACUGUUACACUGUUUCCAUAGGCAAAACCAGAUUGAAGUUUUGAUGAGGAGGAGGGGGCAAAUUAAAACUAUGAAAAAUCUUUUAAAAAAAAAUUGGGGGCAAUUCUUAUGUCCACCCCUGGCAGUUUCCAUGCCAUGACUUCAGCAAACUCAGCUCAAACAUAUUUGCUCCUUGAUUAUGUUGUAAACAUUUCAAUCAUUAUGAUUUGUAUUAAGAGAUGUAAACAAAUAAAUAUUUUGUAAGCGUUAAUUAGAACAAUAAUUAAAUUCAGUAUCUUUUAAUUCCAAAAACAAAAAUAUAUUGUGA